UUUACUUUUUUUCGCUGUUCGAGUCGUGACAUCGGAGGAAAUUUCCAUUAGAAAUAGAAAGCAAAUUGAUUAAUAAUCAUCAUUCAUGUCUUCUUAUCAUUGUUUAUUAGCAAUUAGUUAAGUAAUAUUCUUCUUUUAUUUCAUUUUUAUUUUUUUUUUCAGAUACAGGAUAUUUUAACCACACAUUGAAAAAUUUAAUCUUGAAAAUCAAAAUGUCUAACUUGGCAGCUCCAGUUGCAACAGCAAUCAGACAGAAAUUGAGUACAAACUUGAACGUACUCCACUUGGAUGUCCUUAAUGAAUCUCAUAUGCAUAACGUCCCUAAGGGUUCUGAAACACACUUUAAAGUGGUUGUCGUCAGUGAAAAGUUUAGCGGUGUACCAUUGAUUAAGCGGCAUCGUAUUAUUCACGAUUUAUUGAAGGACGAAUUACAAAAUGGAGUUCACGCUUUAUCAAUUGAAGCGAAAACACCAGAUCAAUGGACGCCUGACGAUACAAUUAAGCGAAGUCCACCCUGCAAAGGUGGCUUCGGGUUGUAAACGAACUAUGUACAUAUCUACAUAACAUGCUGUGAUAGUUUUAUAUAUGUAAUUUUAAAUUAUUUGUGUUACUAAGGAGGAAAUUACAUUACAUAUUCUGCAGUAUAAAUGAGGUUUAGAACAAUGAUUACAAGAACUUAAAUUUGAUUGUCAGGUGAUGAAGGUUGUAAUGUAGGUACAUAUGUGAAUUAGUGAAAAAUCAAUAAUUACCGCAGAAAAGGUCGAUGCGGCUGAUUCAACCAUAGCGCGUGUGCUCACGAAAAUUCAUAGAGGGCGUGUACUGAAGGGUUCAAGAAACCGAUGCCCAUGUUGAAGUGUCGCUCCCUAGUCCUCGUCGGGCAUUAGAGUAGCGUUAUUGAAGGUAGUUUGUCUGUGUCCAUUGGCAGUACUACAAGUGCAGAAAACGUUCCACUGUUUCAGCUGUCAAGACUGCAAAGCCCACAUCUAUCAUCCUCGCAGCUGUUGUACCUAUCUUGUAGUUGGCAGCACAUUGGAAGAUGGCCUCUAAAAAGCCUUCUAAGGCUCUGUAGUUCUCCCAUGCUUAAAGAUAAGAUCUCUAUCUUUUCAUUGCGAGAUCUUUAUAAAUUGUUUAGUUUAGUUUAGCUUAGUGAUUCUAUUAGCUGUAUCCCACUGUUCUAGCAUUUGCGCCUAUACGUGUUGUGACCGUUUGCACUGAAAAACUUAAGCAGAGCUUGGCUUAAGUCUUAUAAGCCUUAUUUUUGUUUUACAUAUGGCGUUAUACGGUUAUCAUUUCCAGUGUAUCCGAUGGUUGCGUGUGGAUUGCGAAAUCUGUGAAUUUUUUAAUUAAAAUUUAACGCCUGUUAAACUAUACGUUUAGCUGUUAACUAUAUGUACUUGGAAAUGGAAUUAAGUUUGCCAAUUACACUAGCUAGUAAAUAUUGUAUAUUAACGGCUGAAACGAUUAAUUAAAUCCUCUUAUUGACUCA